AUGACGCCUGAGCCGCAGCAUCCACUUUCACGUGUUAAGAGCCACAAUGGUCCGUCGCUCUCCAAGAGAAUUGCUGCAACCAAACCUAAGCGUGAUGCUGCCUCGCGAGAAGCUCGUCCAAAGGAGCCGCCAAAACCUCCCCCAUCAAUUCCUCUAGAUCAUAUUGACGAAGACGGAAACACAGGCCUACACAGGGCUGUCCUCCAAGAGCAAUAUAUCUAUAUUUCUGACGCAUCCAAGCAUGCAGGCCGUCGGAACAAGGCACAAAAGACAGCACUUCAUCUUGCUGCAGAAAAAGGAGACUUCACGGCAAUUAGCCAUCUGGUGCUGCUCACAGGCGAAACAGGAGUGCGAGUGGGGGGAUCCGUAAAGUACGGAGGGUAUAUCGUAUGGAAGCCAACGGCCUUAAUGAUAUGUGCGCUCCUCAAUCACAGCACUCAGUUGGUGCAAAACGGAGAAGAGGACAUCAAGCUUCACGAGGCGCUGAAGGCACUUGUAAAGGCAGAGAGUAGAAAGCAGGAUUGGUCCGGAUAUACUGCAUUGAUGUACGCAUGCAUUGCGGGGAACACCCAUCUUGCCAUGGAGCUUGCUCCAAUUGAAGCGGGAAUCCGGUCAAAGGGAGGCUGGAGUGCUCUUAUGCUAGCCACACAGCUUGGUCGACUGCCCAUAGCCGCCAAGCUUUACCAUCGAGAGUACGGGCUGCAGAAUGCUGGCGGUUGGACUGCCCUAAUGGACGCUGCAGCCAACGGCUGCCUAGAGAUAGCAUACCUUCUUGCGCCGAAAGAGCGGGGUAUGCGCACAAAGAAGGGCAGGACUGCUCUCAUGCUGGCUGCUAGCAACGGACAUGCAGAUAUUGCCGCUCUUUUGCUAAAGGAGGGCAACUACGAGGAUUCUUCGGGAUAUAGUGCACUCAUGUAUGCCACCCAAAAGGGCCACUUGUCUCUUGUCCAGCUCCUUGGCCCUGUAGAAGGAGAGCUCUACGCGGAAAGGGCUCUCAGGCUCUUGAAAAAUACAGUCACCCCAGAAGUGCGGGCUCGUUACCAGGAAGCCAUGGCGAGGCGUGAACAAGGGCCUCCAGAGAGAGGCGUUUGCGAGACUUUGCCGAGUGAGGAUAAUAUUACGCAGAACUCACCGCCCCCCUCUUCGCCCAGUGAGUGCACUGAACUAGAAUUUCUUGUUACCGGGUCGAAGUAUGCCAUGGCUUUCUGCGAGCCCUCCACAGACAUAAGCGAUAAUAGAUAA